AUGGUGCACGCGUCGAAUCCACGUCUGAUGAAUCGCGUCCUCGAUGUGGUGGAGCGUCUGUGCGACGGUAAAGGUUCCACAGCUCAGGAUAUCCUCGAUUUCCUUCGACAAACUUCGAAGAGCACGCCGAGGAACUUGACGAUGCAGGUUCAUCGAGCUCUGAAGCACGCGGUGAAUGCCGGUUUGUUGCGGCACAGAAGUGGUCAUUACAAGUCACUGUUCAUGUUAAAACCAGUUCCAGUUAAGCAGACAUCGAACGAGAAUAACAGAGAAAAAUUGACCAACGAAGCAAAGGACAAGCAGAAAGCUUCUUCAAAGACCAAAAAAGAUAAAGGAGACAGCAGAAACAAGAAACAGCGUCGCGAAAGGGGACGGAAACGCAGCCGCAGUGGCGAGAGAAGACGAAAACGACGCAGCGGGUCCAAGAAACAGGACGUGGUGAAGAACAAGAUAGGAAAGCCGAAGUACAAAGAAAAAGGGGGAAGUGGUCGGUCACCACGACACAAGAUCUCGAACAGCAGGCUGCAGGCAGAUAUCGGAAACGCGUCAAGCUCGUCUAAUCGUAAAAGGAGCAAGCCGAGACCGAGGGAUUCGAGCAGCCACAGCGAUUUGUCGGACUGCAACGACUACGAGAGUAGAAAGGCUAAAGUGAGAAGGAGAGAUCCGUCGCUUCAAGAACGCAAACAGGAUGGAAAUGGAAGAGAGAACAGGUCUGUAUCGCGAAAUCGCAGUGUGCAUAGGCAACAAUCGCAGCAAUCGCAUGCGAAACACUGUAACGACGACGAUAAAGCGAAUCAAGUGAGCACCAAGGAUGGGAAAAACGACGAGGUUGAUCAGAACACAGGGAGAGAUCACGAGUCUAAUAACAGUGGAAGUAAUAGUUCAUUGUGA